AGGAUACACAAUUAAGUUGGUGAAACGGCCAACUCUAGUGAAGUCACUUUGGCUCUUUGUGAUUUGCAGAUGUCUAGAGACAUUCACGUUUGCAUCUGCAAAAGCUUUUCAAUGUUGAAUGGCCUCUAAGUAGAAUGACCACUGGAAAGUUACCUGCAAAUGCCCCUGAAUUAGAUAAGAGGACAUUCCCCUCUGUUGAUAAAUGAACCAACAUAUCGACAAAAUGCCCCAAUGCGGUCAGACACUGUGACAGUAAGAUUCCCAGGCAAAAAAACAACAAAUUUUGAGUACUCUUGUACAGUAGAUAUAGUUUUUUUUGUUUGUUUGUUUGUUUUUAAACCAUAUCUUUUUUUUAUUGUUUUGAAAAAGCCAUUUGGAGUCUUUGUUAAAUCUCUUUAAACUGGACAUGAAACAACUACUCAAUAUUAUUGCUAAUAUACAGCAUCCAUGUCUUCAUACCUUUCAGCUAUGGGAGAAACUGAACAGGACAGAAACGACGUCAAAAGAAAAAAUGUGACUUGCGUGUAAAAUAACUCAAUGACUGGUACCAAAUCUGACAGCAUGAGCAACAAGGCCAAGUGGAGAACGUGAAGGUUCUCAUCUUCGUACUGUUCAUCGUGCCCAUGUGGUCGUCCAAGAUGUUCCGCUGCUAUAACGACAAGGAGCUACAGGCAGCGGCGCACAGGAAGCUGAGGACGCACUACCUGCAGCCCACAGAGGCUCCACGGACAACGGCUCACAGCUCAUCUUACUCUUGUCCCCUGGAUCUUUACAAGACGCCGCUGCCAGAGGAGCAGCGAGAAAGGUCUCUGUCCCCCUGGAGAUUCGUAACUCACAUGAAGGAAGAUCACUUUCCUUCGACAUAUGUUGCUGCUCAGUGCCUGUGUUCAGGAUGCAUCCAGCUCAAAAACGGUAAAGGGAUUGAGGACUAUGACUACAACUCAGUUCCCAUCGUUCAGAACAGAGUGUUUCUCAAAAAGGAGCUCUGUGACGAUAAGAAGACUUACCGUCUGAGACCAGUGAAUGUGGAAGUAGCUGUGGGGUGUACCUGUGUCAGACCCCAGAGUUCCUAGGGGAGAACCAUCCAGACCUGUUAUCACAUGACACGCAUAAAAUGCAUGAAGUUCAUGAAAUGCACCAAGUCUAAUCAGCGGUGUGAAGUCCUGCAGCAUGCUCAUAGUGAGCAGGCUGUGACUUAGAAGGAACAUCGCUGGGAAUAUUUAAAGCCUAUUUAUACACCUAGCUAUUUUCUGUUUAUUUAUCAAUAAUAUGUUUUGUAGCUGUUUGCUCUCUUAGUUUUGUUUACAGACUUCUGCAUAAUGCAGUAAAUGUAAUCUGGGUAUUUUAUUACUUGAUUUUAUUCAUAUUGAUGACCUUCUCAUUGAAAAAAAAAAGCUAUUAUAUAGUUUUGUUACAUAACAAUUGAACUGUUAAUGGUAUUUCAAGAAUGAUUUAUUUAUUUGGUUUGCUACUCUACUUUAUAUUUAUUUAUACUCAAGGUUUUGUCCUAGUGGGACUAUAUAAGUCUAGUGAAGACUUAAAGUUUAGCUUCUUUGAAGCAAAAUAAAUAAAAU